UGAACUUUGCUUCCUUUGCACCCAACAUUGCAGUUUUGGAAAUGCCCUUAGCUUUUUCCUGCAUUGUUGCAGCCUGUUUUUUAGUUAAACCUGCUUAUGAGAGUAUCUCAUCUUCUGUGAGCACAGGUUCUGUAGACCGAAGGUUUUUAUGUUGAAGAUAGGACCCACCCCAACAGUGCAUUUCUCAGUUACAGUAAACUAGCUGAAAAAGAAUGAAGUAAAAUGUGCAUGAUGUAUGUAAUAUUUCCUAUUUUUAUAGGAAAAUUGUCUGACUUGCUGUUAAAAGUUAGUAUCCAAAUUUCAGAGUGCUAAAUUCACAUUGUAGAUGUAAUUUCCAAUGAAUUUUGUUAGGUGUCAUUUUAAAGCCCAAUGUUAGGGAUUCUUUUGCCACCCUAAUAUAUGAUGUGGUUUUGAUUAACUUGGACCUGGGAGGAUUCCUGACUGAAUGGUGUUGAGCUUUACUUUCAGUAGUUCAGGAGAACACUUAGGCGUGGAUAACCUUUGAAUUUUAUUUUAUUUUAUUUUUUUGUAUUCCUGAAUGGUGGAACAGUCCUUUUAAAUUGUGAGUUAACACUCUUUGUUUUGAUUUAAGGCAUUCCUGAUGAGUUCCCUUGAGGUAACAGGAGAAUCCCCAGAGGGCAGGUCUAAAGGAAGAAGAAGCAGGAAGGAUAAAAGAUUGCUGGGACAACCAGGAAGCACCUGCUCUCUCCACGUGUAGCAAUGCCAAUAUCUUUCGAAGGAUAAAUGCCAUAUUGGAUAAUUCUCUGGAUUUCAGUAGAGUCUGCACUACACCUAUAAACCGAGGAAUUCAUGAUCAUUUGCCAGACUUCCAGGACUCUGAAGAAACAGUUACAAGCAGGAUGCUUUUCCCAACCUCUGCGCAAGAAUCUUCCCGUGGCCUCCCAGAUGCAAAUGACUUGUGCCUUGGCCUGCAGUCCCUCAGUCUGACAGGCUGGGACCGACCCUGGAGCACCCAGGACUCAGAUUCCUCAGCCCAGAGCAGCACACACUCGGUACUGAGCAUGCUCCAUAACCCACUGGGAAAUGUCCUAGGAAAACCCCCCUUGAGCUUCCUGCCUCUGGAUCCCCUUGGGUCUGACUUGGUGGACAAGUUUCCGGCACCCUCAGUUAGAGGAUCACGCCUGGACACCCGGCCCAUCCUGGACUCCCGAUCUAGCAGCCCCUCUGACUCAGACACCAGUGGCUUCAGCUCUGGAUCAGAUCAUCUCUCAGAUUUGAUUUCAAGCCUUCGCAUUUCCCCACCUCUGCCCUUCCUGUCUCUGACAGGGGGUGGUCCCAGGGACCCUUUAAAGAUGGGGGUAGGGUCUCGGAUGGACCAAGAGCAAGCUGCUCUUGCUGCAGUCACUCCCUCCCCAACCAGUGCUUCAAAGAGAUGGCCAGGAGCUUCUGUGUGGCCAUCCUGGGACCUCCUCGAAGCUCCCAAAGACCCCUUCAGCAUAGAGAGAGAGGCCAGGCUGCACCGACAAGCUGCAGCUGUGAAUGAAGCCACCUGUACCUGGAGUGGCCAGCUUCCUCCCCGGAACUAUAAGAACCCCAUCUACUCUUGCAAAGUGUUUCUAGGAGGUGUUCCUUGGGAUAUUACAGAAGCUGGAUUAGUUAACACCUUCCGUGUUUUUGGCUCUUUGAGUGUGGAGUGGCCUGGUAAGGAUGGCAAGCACCCCCGGUGUCCUCCCAAAGGUAAUAUGCCUAAAGGGUAUGUGUAUCUGGUCUUCGAACUGGAGAAGUCUGUCCGAGCCUUGCUUCAGGCUUGCUCUCAUGACCCGCUGAGCCCAGAUGGCCUGAGUGAAUAUUAUUUCAAGAUGUCCAGCCGAAGGAUGCGCUGCAAGGAGGUGCAGGUGAUCCCCUGGGUAUUAGCCGACAGUAACUUUGUCCGGAGCCCAUCUCAGAGGCUUGACCCCAGCAGGACGGUGUUUGUUGGUGCUCUGCAUGGAAUGCUAAAUGCUGAGGCCCUGGCAGCCAUCUUGAACGACCUAUUUGGUGGAGUGGUGUAUGCUGGGAUUGACACAGAUAAGCACAAGUAUCCCAUUGGAUCUGGUCGUGUGACUUUCAAUAACCAACGGAGUUACCUGAAAGCAGUCAGCGCUGCUUUUGUGGAGAUCAAAACCACCAAGUUCACAAAGAAGGUUCAGAUUGACCCCUACCUAGAAGAUUCUCUGUGUCAUAUCUGCAGUUCUCAGCCUGGUCCUUUCUUCUGUCGAGAUCAGGUCUGCUUCAAAUACUUCUGCCGGAGCUGCUGGCACUGGCGGCACAGCAUGGAGGGCCUGCGCCACCACAGCCCCCUGAUGCGGAACCAGAAGAACCGAGAUUCCAGCUAGAGGAGCUGGCCUUGCCCAGUGGCCUGUGGCGCCUGAAGCUGGCAGGUCAGGCAAGCAGCCUGCACCACCCUGCCAUUGGCGACCAGGGAGCUGGCUUCCCGAGGACAAGGGAAAAUUGUAGUCACCUUUGCACUUGCUGAAUCUGUCUUUGUUUCUGCACUAAUUAAUGCACAUUGAGUUUUGUCGGGUUUUGUUUUCAGGGGGUAUGCCAGGGGCAAGGACUCUCUGGCUUACCCUCCAAGCGACUCUGUAGUUUUCCCAGAUUUUAGUUCCUCAUUUUGCAGAUGAAAAGCGGAAAAAAAAAAAAAAAAAAAAAAACUACGUGUCCAGAAGGUAUUGAGGUAUUUACACGGAUGCCUACACCUAGGUUUAUUUAUUAAAAGCGCUUUUUUACAUUCCUUGCAAUACUGAUGGUGAUGAUGCGCAGGUCUCAUUGGUUUCAUUCUUGCAGUUGCCAUACAGUGCCUUUCCAUUUAUUUAACCCCCACCUGAACGGCAUAAACUGAGUGUUCAGCUGGUGUUUUUUACUGUAAACAAUAAGGAGACUUUGCUCUUCAUUUAAACCAAAAUCAUAUUUCAUAUUUUACGCUCGAGGGUUUUUACCGGUUCCUUUUUACACUCCUUAAAACAGUUUUUAAGUCGUUUGGAACAAGAUAUUUUUUCUUUCCUGGCAGCUUUUAACAUUAUAGCCAAUUUGUGUCUGGGGGACUGCUGGUCACUGUUUCUCACAGUUGCAAAUCAAGGCAUUUGCAACCAAGAAAAAAAAAUGUUUUUGUUUUAUUUGAAACUGGACCGGAUAAACGGUGUUUGAGCGGCUGCUGUAUAUAGUUUUAAAUGGUUUAUUGCACCUCCUUAAGUUGCACUUAUGUGGGGGGGUGGGGUUGAUAGAAGUUUUUAAUCACAAAGUCACAGGACUUUUUUCUUUUGUAACUGAGCUAAAAAGGGCUGCUUUUCAGUGGGGGCAGAUGAAGGCUCACAGGAGCCCUUUCUCUUAGAGGGGACAAGUACCCUUCCCUUAUAUCUUUAAUUUGAGGAAUGUAUGAGAUAACAGUUGCAGUUGACUGAAAUGCUACUGGAAUUUGAAAACUUGACUUUUUUCUUUCCUUUUUUUUUGAAAAAGAAAACACAAAAACUACUUGCCCCUCCUAGGGAAGCUGUGUGCCAAAGAACCAGUGUCAUAACCCCUCCCUCCUGCUGAGCUGAUGUUGCAUUGUUGCAUAUCCCAGCUACUCUGUGGGUUUUGUGAAGCUGUGUGUGAAGUCUCUACCUCAUUGUAGUAUAUGCAGGCAAGACUGCACUCUCCUACAGAUGUGUGGAGUAAGCUGUGGUGUAGUUUUUUUGGCACAUAAUAAACACGUUGCAGCAGA